CGCGGCUCCCGUAGAGAAAAGCGAGAGCAUGACUGGUGGUUUGCUUUGACGUGUAAUGUUUCCGUUCAAGAGCGACUAUGGAGGCAUAGCGUGCAACUUGAGUGGAAGCUAACCCGUGUUAACCUGAAAUUUAGAGGGGAUUUAGCUCCGAAUCCCGGUCGGAACUGGGUUAACGGGAGCUGACAAACAGACCGACUGGUUUUUGCUCCCCCACCUCCUCUCGCUCACUUUCAGUCAUGAUAAAAGCCAUUUUAAUAUUCAACAACCAUGGCAAACCCAGGCUUUCCAAAUUCUACGAGCAUUAUAAUGAAGACACAGAACAGCAGAUCAUCAGAGAAACCUUCCAUUUGGUCUCAAAAAGAGAUGAGAAUGUCUGUAAUUUCCUUGAAGGUGGAAUGUAAGUUGAGGUUAAUUGGAGGGUCAGACUACAAAUUAAUUUACAGGCACUACGCCACACUGUACUUUGUGUUUUGUGUGGACUCAUCAGAGAGUGAACUCGGAAUUUUAGACUUAAUCCAGGUGUUUGUGGAAACAUUGGACAAGUGUUUUGAAAAUGUAUGUGAACUGGACUUAAUUUUCCAUGUAGACAAGGUUCACAACAUUUUGGCAGAGAUGGUAAUGGGCGGAAUGGUCCUGGAGACCAACAUGAACGAAAUCAUCACACAAGUGGAUGCCCAGAAUAAGAUGGAGAAGUCUGAGGCUGGUAUUGCAGGAGCGCCUGCUCGAGCUGUAUCAGCUGUAAAGAACAUGAACCUCCCAGAAAUGCCGCGAAAUAUCAACAUUGGUGACAUCAGCAUAAAAGUGCCAAACUUGCCCUCCUUCAAAUAGUGGCAGCGAGAUCAUCCGCCUGCAGAUGUCAGCCAACGUUUACAGUGAUGCAAUCUGUUUACCAAAACCUCAAACGCUCUAUAUCUCAAAGGUACUGUGUGAUUUAACCCGUUCUGUUAUGUCUCGUGUUUUUCCUCCCAUUCUGAAAUGAAAGUUUUGAGUGUUUCUCUUAUUUUUUUGGUUAGGAAAUCUAUUUAUCACUGGUACAUUCCUUCUACCUUGCUGGAGGUCGACUGUUUUGUUAAUCUGCUACAGUUAAGAUCUGUUUAUCGUUGAAGUCAUUUAAUUUAAUGUUUACUGAAGCCUUUCUGAAGAAAAUGUGUGACAGAACAUGAGGUUUUACAUACUAGAAUUGGUUUGGUUGUACCAGAAAUGACAAAAAAUACAGUGGAAAGUCAAUGAAACCAUUUGAGGAUUAGAUUGAAAGAGGUCCACUGCAGUAUUGGAAAAAUUUACCUGAAAGUUUGCAAACAAAAAUAUUUCAACAAUGUGUGUGUGUGUGUGUGGUCAAACUGUUUUUUGUUUUCUUUGUUUAUGCAAAAUAUUUUGAAGUGAUUUAUGUCUUCACAAAUGAAUCUUAAUUUUAAUCUGUGGUUCACUUUCUUAUCUUUGAAAACACAAUAAACGGUUAAAUUGC